AGAGAGAGAGCGCGUUCUGUGAUGAAACGUUUCCCCACGUCUCCGGAUAAACCCCUAACUGCCACGCCAGUCUCUUCCAAAUCCACAAACCCCCCAUCGGAGCAAUUUUCCCUGGAAUUUUCCGUCGUCUCGCAGUUUUGCUUGAUUUUCUUGCCAAUCGCCUCAAGUUUUCGCGCUCAAUUUCUCAUCCAUGUCUCUCAGGUUGCAUCAUCAGAGCCCCCCAAGCUCUUCAAAUGCAUUGGUGUCACCAAGUAGAACCUGUGUUUCGAACAAAAACAUGGUUGACUUGGAUCAAAGACUAUUUAAUUGGGGUUAUUCAAGGAAAAGAUGCCGCAUAAAGCUUGCUUCAUGGGCUGAUGGUAAUUUGAGCCUGAACUAUGGAUUGGUGGAUCUUAAGAAAAAUUAUUUGACCCUCUUCAAAUCAAGAAGGCACUGUUUUCCCUUUGCUUCUGAUGAUGAUGGUGUUACUGUCAAUGGGAGUCCCCAACCAAGAACUAGCAGCAAUGUUGAGGAAAUUAGGAUCAAACUUGAUCAAUCAUUGCAAAAUAAAGAUUAUAGUGAUGAUCUUGUUCAAUCCUUACAUGAUGCAGCCAGGGCGUUUGAAUUAGCAAUUAAAGAAGAGAGCACUCUAUUUAAAUUAUCCUGGUUCUCAACUGCAUGGCUUGGCGUAGACAAAAAUGCAUGGGUGAAAGCACUAUCUUACCAGGCUUCUGUGUAUGCCCUAUUACAAGCAGCAACUGAGAUUUCAUCUCGAGGAGAUGCAAGAGACAGAGAUAUUAAUGUUUUUGUCCAAAGGAGUUUGUUACGGCAAUCUGGUCUUCUGGAAAGUGUAAUUAGAGAUAAGUUAUCAACCAAGCAGCCUGAAGCUUAUGAAUGGUUUUGGUCUGAGCAAGUGCCAACAGUGAUGACCACUUUUGUUAAUUAUUUUGAAAGUGAUCCACGCUUUACUGCUGCAACUGCAGUCUCUCGGAAAGGAUUUACUUCAGGCAGUGCAAAUGACAUUUCACUCCUCAUGCUUGCAUUGAGUUGCAUUGCAGCAAUCACAAAGCUUGGUCCAACAAAAAUUUCUUGCUCACAAUUCUUCUCCAUGAUACCUGAUGUAACUGGUAGAUUGAUGGAAAUGGUCCUUAAUUUUCUUCCUAUACGGCAAGCUUAUCAUUCUAUAAAGGAUAUUGGUCUACGCAGAGAAUUUCUUGUUCAUUUUGGUCCUCAAGCUGCAGCAUGUAGAGUGAAAAAUGAUCAGGGAAUUGAAGAGGUGGUAUUCUGGGUUAGUCUAGUACAGAAGCAGCUGCAGCGAGCUAUAGAUAGGGAGAAGAUAUGGUCAAGACUCACCACAUGUGAAAGCAUUGAGGUGUUGGAGAGGGAUUUGGCUAUAUUUGGAUUCUUCAUUGCCCUAGGGAGAAGUACGCAAUCAUUUCUGUCUGCAAAUGGCUUCGAUGACAUUAACGAACCUAUUGAAGGCUUCUUAAGAUACCUCAUUGGGGGCAGUGUGUUAUAUUAUCCUCAGCUCUCCUCAAUAAGUUCUUAUCAACUUUAUGUUGAGGUAGUCUGUGAAGAGCUGGAGUGGCUUCCAUUUUAUUCUGGUAUCACUAGCACCUCAAAACGCUCCAACAGCCACAUACACAAAAGAGAAGGUCCUCCAAAUGCUGAAGCUAUUCCUCAAGUAUUAGAUGUUUGCUCUCAUUGGAUUCAGAGCUUUAUUAAGUAUAGUAAAUGGCUGGAGAAUCCUUCUAAUGUUAAGGCAGCAAGGUUUCUCUCCCGAGGGCACAACAAAUUGAAGGAAUGCAUGGAAGACCUUGGGAUGCACAACAAUGAAAUGGGUGAAGGCAGUCAUAAGCAAUCCGUUGAAAAGACAAGGUCUGGAACAUAUUCACUGAGUGAGAACGAACUGGAUUCUUCUUUUGAUAAGGCAUUGGAGAAUGUUGAAGAAGCCCUUAUAAGGCUAGAGGAGUUACUUCAGGAGCUGCAUGUAUCUAGCUCUAGUUCUGGGAAGGAGCAACUGAAGGCUGCAUGUUCAGAUCUUGAGAGGAUGAGGAAACUCAAGAAAGAAGCUGAAUUCCUUGAGGCAUCUUUCAGAGCAAAGGCCGCUUCUCUUCAACAGGGAGAUGAUGACAACAGUCCCUCUUCUUCCACCAGUGAGAAGCAACAAUGGUCCAAAGGAAAAAACAGGAAGACUUUUAAUAUUAUGAGCAAGAGCAAUCCUCGUGGGUUGUGGAACUUUCUUGUGCGCAAUCCUGCCAGGAGAUCGGACUCCGAGUUAUCAGCUGCAGAUGGAAACGAUGAUACUUUUGAGAAGAGUUCUUCAGUCGCUGGCUUAACAAACUCACAAUCAAAUGAAAUUCAACGGUUUGAACUUUUAAGGAAUGAACUAAUAGAACUCGAGAAAAGAGUCCAACGAAGUGCUGAUCGAUCUGCAAAUGAAGAGGAGGAAAUGGUGAUGACAGUUAAUUCUGUCAAGACUGCUGAUGGUCAUACUCAAUUAGCAUCAGUUCGAAAGAAAGAAAACUUAAUUGAGAAAUCAUUUGAUAAGCUCAAAGAAACCAGCACGGAUGUUUGGCAAGGAACUCAGCUUCUCGCAGUUGAUGUUGCUGCUGCUCUGGGAUUACUUAGAAGGGUCCUAAUAGGGGAUGAAUUGACUGAGAAAGAAAAGAAAGCUCUCCGAAGAACUCUAACUGAUUUAGCAUCAGUGGUUCCUAUUGGUUUUCUCAUGCUCCUUCCUGUUACUGCAGUUGGGCAUGCAGCAAUGUUGGCUGCAAUUCAGAGAUAUGUGCCAGCGCUGAUACCCUCCGCAUAUGGACCAGAAAGGUUAGAUCUCUUGAGGCAGCUUGAGAAGGUGAAAGAAUUGGAACCAACUGAGAUGAACCCUGACGAAAAUGCAGAGGAAUUAUCCUAAAUAGAAACCCCUCAUUUGUCUUUAAGUCCUUUGAAGCAAGGUAAUCAUUGGUUUUCAGUCCUUGACAGUGGGUGAGCUCAUAGUUGUUCAUUCUAGGUGUCUGCAACUCCAGGUUACCAGCAUGGACUACUGUCAACUGUAUAAUGUUCAAGAACGGCACUUUUCUCCAAGCACUCUAAUUCUUUUCAAGUGCAUCACAAACAGAUUAUUCGGUAGCUUAGCUACCAAUUCAUUUUGUAUUUUUUGGGUGAGGAGAGCGUAUCAUUCUCGUCCUCUCCAAUUCACGUAUCCUUCCUGCAAUUUCAAGUCAAAAACCUCAAUCCUGUUAUUGUACAGCAACCCAUAUUUUGAUGUAAUUUCUAAAGUUACCUUUGCUAGCAA